ACUGCCAGAUGUUUAUAUUAUUUUCUAUUCAGUUUAUAAUAUAAAUUAAAUUUGUAUUUUGGUAUCUUUUAAUUCAAAAUGCAAUAUGACUUUCCUGGAAGACACAUCAAUAAUUCUUAUAUCUCAAAUAUUCUUUUUUGUGGGUGGCUGGAUAUUCUUUGUGAAACAGCUGUUCCGUGACUAUGAAGUCCACCAUACCCUUGUACAGCUGAUAUUCUCAGUAACAUUUGCACUCAGCUGCACCAUGUUUGAACUAAUUAUAUUCGAGAUCAUAGGCUACUUGGAUUCAAGCUCACGAUACUUCCAUUGGAACCUAGGAUUGUAUUCACUUCUUUUCAUGGUGAUAGCUCUUAUACCAUUCUAUAUAGCAUACUUUUGUAUAAGUAAUGUAAGAUUUGUAUCGCAAAAUGCAAUAAGACCACUGACAAUGUUUGUGUGGUUUAUAUACCUAUAUUUCUUCUGGAAGAUUGGUGAUCCCUUUCCUAUAUUAAGUCCCAAACAGGGUAUAUUCUCAAUUGAGCAGGGAGUGUCUCGAAUAGGCGUCAUAGGAGUGACAGUGAUGGCUCUACUUUCCGGUUUUGGUGCAGUCAACUACCCAUACACAUCUAUGGCUAUUUUUAUAAGACCAGUAACUCAAUCGGAUGUAUUAUCGGUAGAGAAGAAAUUGCUUCAAACAAUGGAUAUGAUUUUGGUGAAGAAGAAAAGGAUAGCACUAGCUGAAGCCAACAGUGUGGGUGGUAGACAGCAGUAUAACAUGUUGGACCAAUCAAACGUGAAGAAUAGAGGAUUUUGGACAAAUAUUUUGUCCAGUGUUGGAAGUAUUGCCAAUCCGCUAAGUGGAUCAGAAAAUAUAAACCAACUCAGGCAAGAAAUAUCCGGGUUGGAAGAGUUGAGUCGCCAACUGUUCCUGGAGGCGUACGACGCCAGGACAAUGCGGGAGAAGAUAGAGUGGUCCAAAACCUUCCAGGGGAAGUACUUCAACUUCCUGGGGUACUUUUUCUCCCUGUACUGCAUAUGGAAGAUAUUUAUUUCAACAAUUAAUAUAGUGUUUGACCGUGUGGGGAAGAAGGACCCUGUCACUCGAGGGUUGGAGCUGGUGGUGAACUGGCUGGGCUGGCACAUAGACGUCAGUUUCUGGUCGCAGCAUGUCUCCUUCAUACUCGUUGGUUGCAUCGUACUCACCAGUAUUAGGGGCCUGCUGCUCACACUUACAAAGUUCUUCAACAAGAUAUCAUCAUCGAAAUCAUCGAACAUCAUCGUGUUGAUUCUCGCUCAGAUCAUGGGUAUGUACUUCUGCUCGUCCGUGCUGCUGAUGCGCAUGAACAUGCCGCCGGAGUAUCGCAUCAUCAUCACCCAAGUGCUCGGUGAUCUGCAGUUCAACUUCUAUCACCGGUGGUUCGACGUGAUAUUCCUUGUGAGUGCCUUAACUAGUAUAUUCACAUUGUAUUUAGCACACAAGCAGCCGUCUGUCAGUUGAUGUUUCGACUGUGAUUUGUGUUAAUUGGAGUCAUUCUAUGCAUAUAUAUAUAUAAAUCUAUAUUUGUUUGUCUGUUCAUAUUUUGGGAUCAUUCGAUUACGACAAAAUUUUGUCAACGUAUACCUCGCAAUAGAAUAAAUAAAUAAAUAACCUCAGAACAAUUAACACAGCACCAUCUAGUACCACGGUACGCAGAGCUUGUGUUAUGGAUACUAGACAACUGAUUUAAAUAUUUAAACAUAUAUUUUUUUGUAAAUACAUACAUAAUAUAACACCCAGACCAAUACAAAUAAUCAUACUCAUGAAUACAAAUGUUUGUACCGUGCGAGGAAUCGAACCCGCAACCAUCGAAAGUAAAGCGGUGUGCUAAACCGCUAGACCACCGAGGCCGUCGAAAUAUUAUUUAUUCAAAUAAACUUAAUAUAAGUAUUUAAAAAUAGUCAUUUUUCAUAAGCAGACUCGGUACAAG